CAGCUAUGGCCUCACUGCUCCGGGCUGCAGCCCCAGGACUCUUCUCCUGGAGAGGGUACUGCUCCAGAGGGUCGCAGGGUGAGCUCAGCAAGGGCUUCGUGGAGUCUCUAAAGGCUAUUGUAGGGAGCCCCCACGUGUCCACUGCUGCUGCUGUUCGAGAGCAUCACGGGCAGGAUGAGUCCAUACACAGGUGUCAACCUCCAGAUGCGGUGGUGUGGCCCCAGAAUGUGGACCAGGUCAGCCGGCUGGCAGCUCUCUGCUAUGGCCAAGGUGUGCCCAUCAUCCCCUUCGGCACAGGCACCGGCCUUGAGGGGGGAGUCUGUGCUGUGCAGGGUGGUGUGUGCAUUAACCUGACCCACAUGGACCGGAUCACGGAGCUGAACACAGAAGACUUCUCUGUGGUAGUGGAGCCUGGUGUCACCCGUAAAGCUCUCAAUGCCCACCUGCGCAACAGUGGCCUCUGGUUUACUGUGGGUAAGCUUGGGGCUCCUGCACCUUUCCCAGGGUCCUGGGGGCUUGCAGGGGGCUGGGCUGUUUAUGGGGCUUCAGAGGACCCUGCUCUCCCCACCCGCCCAGGGUGGGGGAAAGGGCCUUCGGCCUGCCCUCUCCUGCUUUCUGCCCUCCAGACCCAGGUGCAGACGCCUCUAUCUGUGGCAUGGUGGCCACUGGAGCUUCAGGCACCAACUCUGUGCGCUAUGGCACCAUUCGGGACAAUGUGGUCAAUCUGGAGGUGGUGUUGCCCGAUGGGCGGCUGCUUCACACUGCGGGCCAGGGCCGUCAUUUCAGGAAGAGUGCAGCUGGCUACAACCUCACAGGACUCUUUGUGGGCUCUGAGGGGACACUGGGCCUCAUCACAUCUGCCACCCUGCGCUUGCACCCUGUCCCCGAAGCCACAGUGGCUGCCACCUGUGCAUUCCCCAGUGUCCAGGCGGCUGUGGACAGCACUGUACAGAUCCUCCAAGCUGCAGUGCCUGUGGCCCGCAUUGGUGAGCCAAGGACUGGUGCAGUUAGGGUGGGCUGCACAGAAGAGACCCCCUUGGAAGGCCAAACCUCACUGGGCAUCCCUCUUCCUGGCCCCAGAGUUCUUAGAUGAUGUCACAAUGGACGCCUGCAAUAGGCACAGCAAGCUGAGCUGCGCCGUGGCGCCCACACUCUUUCUUGAGUUCCACGGUUCCGAGCAGGCACUGGCAGAGCAAGUGCAGCACACAGAGGCGAUCACCCAGCAAAAUGGAGCCUCUCACUUCUCCUGGGCCAAAGAGAGUGAAGAGCGCAACCAGCUUUGGGCAGCCCGGCACAAUGCUUGGUAUGCACUCCUAGCCCUGUCUCCAGGCUGCAAGGGCUAUUCCACUGAUGUGUGUGUGCCCAUCUCCCGGUUGCCGGAGAUCCUGGUGCAGACCAAGGAGGAACUGAAGACCUCCGGACUUAAAGGAGGCAUUGUUGGGCAUGUGGGUGAUGGCAAUUUCCACUGCAUCUUGCUGGUCAACCCAGAUGAUGAUGAGGAGCACCACAGGGUCACAGCCUUCACAAAAAAGCUGGGCAGGCGGGCACUGGCACUCCAUGGGACGUGUACUGGGGAGCAUGGCAUUGGGCUGGGCAAGCGGCAGCUACUGCAGGAGGAGAUUGGUGCUGUUGGCAUGGAGACCAUGCGGCAGCUCAAGGUCAUGCUGGACCCCCGAAGCCUCAUGAACCCAGGCAAGGUGCUGUGAGGAGCUCCGAAUACUUAGCUACCCUGCAAAGGAUGGACAGUGCAGAUGCUGUUUCUGCCUGCCAGUUAGCCCUCUGUAGCCCUCUGUAGCUGGGGCCUAGAGUUCAAGCCAGGAGAGAAGCUGGACUCCCUCCCUGGCCCUCUUGCUGUCUUCAAAAGCCUUUGGUCCAGUAAAUGACCCAGCGUGGUUCCUGGUGAA